AUGCAACAGCAGCAGGAGGAUGAUGCAGCUUUCAGCAGGCAGCAGCAGCAGCACAGGUGGCAGCAGCAGGAGGUGGCAACAGCAGGAGGCGGGAGGCGGCAGCAGCAGCAGAGGGCUCUCUGGUAUACAGGCAGCACAGAGGACGCGGCUACAGGCAACACAGAGGACGCGGCUACAGGCAACACAGACGACGCGGCUACAGGCAGCACAGAGGACGCAGCUACAAGCAACACAGAGGACGCAGCUACAGGCAGCACAGAGGACGCAGCUACAGGCAGCACAGAGGACGCAGCUACAGGCAGCACAGAGGACGCAGCUACAGGCAGCACAGAGGACGCAGCUACAGGCAGCACAGAGGACGCAGCUACAGGCAGCACAGAGGACGCGGCUACAGGUAGCACAGAGGGCGCAGCUACAGGCAACACAGAGGGCGCGGCUACAGGCAGCACAGAGGGCGCAGCUACAGGCAGCACAGAGGACGCAGCUACAGGCAACACAGAGGACGCAGCUACAGGCAGCACAGAGGACGCAGCUACAGGCAACACAGAGGGCGCGGCUACAGGCAGCACAGAGGGCGCAGCUACAGGCAGCACAGAGGACGCGGCUACAGGCAACACAGAGGACGCAGCUACAGGCAGCACAGAGGACGCAGCUACAGGCAACACAGAGGACGCAGCUACAGGCAACACAGAGGGCGCGGCUACAGGCAGCACAGAGGACGCGGCUACAGGCAGCACAGAGGACGCAGCUACAGGCAACACAGAGGACGCGGCUACAGGCAACACAAUGGACGCAGCUACAAGCAACACAGAGGACGCAGCUACAGGCAGCACAGAGGACGCAGCUACAGGCAACACAGAGGACGCAGCUACAGGCAGCACAGAGGACGCAGCUACAGGCAGCACAGAGGACGCAGCUACAGGCAACACAGAGGACGCAGCUACAGGCAGCACAGAGGACGCAGCUACAGGCAACACACAGGACGCAGCUACAGGCAGCACAGAGGACGCAGCUACAGGCAACACACAGGACGCAGCUACAGGCAGCACAGAGGACGCAGCUACAGGCAACACACAGGACGCAGCUACAGGCAACACACAGGACGCAGCUACAGGCAACACACAGGACGCAGCUACAGGCAACACAGAGGACGCAGCUACAGGCAACACACAGGACGCAGCUACAGGCAACACACAGGACGCAGCUACAGGCAACACACAGGACGCAGCUACAGGCAGCACAGAGGACGCAGCUCCAGGCAGCACAGAGGACGCGGCUACAGGUAGCGGAGGUGUCGGGCAGCGCUGGCGGCGGAAGUCGGGCCAAUAA